AUGUCUGAUGACGAGUCCGACCAUGCCAGCGGAGAUGCGCUCUCCGCCAGCGAUGACAGCCCAGCCAAGCCAGAGCCAAAGUCCAAAGCCAAGCGGGCCAAGAAGCGACUGAAUUACCCUUCUGAUAUUCCUCGCUUGACCAAGAAGGGCAAGGGAACUUAUGCCGUGGGCUUCGGACCGCUGCCUGACGGCAUCGACUGGUCUGCUCUCGAGACACCGGUACUGAAGGAACAGUGUGCCAUGCGAGACAUGCCCCAGAGUGGCAAACGAGAAGAAAUUGUUCAGCGACUGACCGACUACAAGGAGAAGGACUUCUCAGCCCUGGCCGCCAGGACUGAUGUCGUUGGCGUCCACAAAAGCGCGACUGGGGAACGACGCCGCACCGCCUGGCAGCAGGAUGCUUCAUCUCUUUUUCAAAAGAACCUCGCAAAGGCGAACGCGGAUCGCAUGUAUCUCCUCAAGUGGUUCGAUGAGAGCAUGGGCGGCAAGCAUGCCGCACGGUUCAACAUCUACAGUGAAAGCAAAAACACUUACAGCGUGCUCAUCGACAAGGCCAUCCGUUGUGACUGCCCAGCCGCGAAAUUCAAUCCCCGGCAAGCAUGCAAGCAUGCAAUCUUCGUGCUCGCUCUAGUCCUAAGAGUCCAGCCGCCGCUACUGUUUCAGACGAGCUUCAUCAAAGAAGAUCUUGCAGAUAUUCUGGAGCCAGUGCUAGGACCACCUGAUCAGAAGCUCAUCAUGCCUGCAGACCGCAACCACCUGGCUGGUGACGAUUGUCCAAUGUGUUUUCGCUCACCGGAUGAUGGCUCGACAACCCUUCAGUGCACAGCUUGUGGUGCCCAUAUUCACCAACGCUGCUUUAACCACUACUGCGUGUUCGAGUGCCCCCGGGACAACUUCCGCUGCGCGCUGUGUUUGCAGCCAUGGACCCAGCCAGGCACUUGGGGCCAGAAAGGCAUCGACAUUAAGAAUGCCGCCAUUGCUGAGGCAGAGGCUGCUGAGAAGGCAGCAGCGAAAGAGGCGAAGAAGUCUCUGGGAAAAAUCAGAAAGAACUGA